CAAUUGAGUAAGCAGCUCUGCGCUACUGAGGGAUCUCACUGAACUGGACUGGCACCUCUCACCUCACUCAUACCUUGAAUGAGAGCACUGAGCGCUUCCAAUAAGUCGGUCGCCAACGUCUGGGGACUUUGUUUCACAGCAGACAGUCUCAGCAUUCCCAACCAUCACGAGCCGACCUCAUCGAGUAACACUACCAGCCUUGUCUCUACACCAUGUCAUACACACACACACACACACAUGUACACACGCCUCACGGACAAUGGUCUUCCUUCUCGCUUCGAACGUGGUAGUUCUGCAGCGUCCUACCAGAGACAGCCGUCUUCCCAAACAGGCUGUCUGCCCGCCGUCAGCUCGAGACUAAGCAAGCAGGCUCUGGCUUCUUGCAUGUAGUCUCUACCACAAGAACUCGCACGCUGGGGGCCGUUCUUCGUCCUACCACCCCCGACAAAUGGGCGUCGCGACCCCGUCACCCCAUCGCCGACACCAGCCCAAUGGCAGCCGCAUUCCCUUCUGCGUCCUUGAUGGUCUCUCAUUCGAUCGUCGGCCAGACCGGCCGAAACAAGCAUGUUGAGGCUUGAAAUGUGUCGUUCUCUGGCCCUCUUCUCUGUUCCUCUGACGGCUGGCUGGGUGCGCGAUAUCUCAGGCGCCCCCCUCGUUGGGUCUAUCAAAACCCCCUUCAAGACUGCAGGCCUUCGUGGCGAUCCAGCCAACCGUCGGCGACGGGCGCCGCAUCUCCUCGCCCCCUCCCGUCUCUUCUGCUUGCUUGCUCGCCAACAAUGACUUGAAGGGGGCCGAAGCCUCUUUAUCUGCGGUUGGGAGCCCAGAACCGCAACCGCCGGUCCUGCAAAUACCCGUUCACGUCCCCUCCUCGCCCUGGCUGGCCGCAGUUCUGGCCUUCCCCCCGUCAGCUUUCUUCUUUUCCGUUUCAAAAGCUGCUGCCCGUCAUGAGAAUCUCGGUGCUUGUUUCGCUACUUGCGGUCGCAUCGGGGUCUGCUGUCGCUGUGGCCGUCUUGGAGGAGAGACAGUUACUGACCUCGAGUACAGCCAUCGGUACCGGUGUCCUUACCUCGUCCGUCUUCUCCGCUCCGACGUCCGUCCCGGCGCCCACCGUCAACAGCAGCGUCUACGACUUGUCUCAGCACUUUUGCCGGAUUUGGAGGCAUGCCAGUGUCUACGCCGACGGCAAGAUAUACAUCGACGGCGGCAACACCUACGUCCCGCGGAACGGCAAGACCUUCUACAACACCGAGGCCAAGGACUAUGGCUCGGGGAUGCACACCCAGCUCUUGGUCCUGGACCUCUCCGGCAACUUCACAAACCAAGAGUCAGGUCCCUACACGUCCAUUUUCAAAGCUCCCGGCGUCCCCAACGGACUGAUCGAGCACGCCCUGUGGUACUCGGCCUCGACCCGCAAGAUCUACCAGCUCGGCGGCUGGUUCUCCUUCAACAGCGAAGAGAACCCAGCCUACAUCGCCGACAGGGACAUCCCCGAGCCCGCUGUCUGGGAGUUCGAUAUCGACACCGAGCGGUGGUCCCGCGCGGAUGGUUGGGACGUCUCGAACAACGGCGGCAUCGUCGACAGGCCCGGCGCGGCCGCCUUUUGCGACGCACCGGCGCUGAACAGGAGCUACAUCUUUGAGGGGUACACGCAGCGGCGGUCCAUUCCCGCGAAUGCUGCCUACGGCACGUCGUCCGACUUUCGAUUCAUCGAGGGAAUGCUCGAGCUCGACACGGCGGACCGCUCUCAGCCGAGGCUCGCCAACAUUUCGGUCCCAACCUACGUCGGCCCGCGCAUGAACGGCGCCAUGGUCCACGUGCCGGUCGGCGAGAAGGGCAUCAUCGUCAACAUUGGCGGCCAGACCACUCGCGACCCUACCCCGUAUGGCGUCCGUGUGCAGAACGCGAACGCGGGGAACGUCAAUAUCAACCUCUCCUUCGUCGACAUCUACGACAUUGAGACGGGCUUCUGGUUCCGCCAGGAGACUUUCGGCCUCCCCGACAUCCCCGCCGGCCGCUCCGACAUCUGCGCCGUGGUCGUCCCCGCCGCCGACGCAUCCUCUUACAACAUCUACAUGAUCGCCGGCGUCGAGAACUACGCCACUGCCAUCACUUCAGAGGAGGUCUGGGUCCUGACCCUGCCUACCUUCAGCUGGAUCCUCGUCCACACCCGCGCCGACGGCAUGUACGGCCACACCUGCCACGCUGUCGGCGAGAACCUGCUGCUCGUCGGUGGCAUGCAGACCCGCAACGACGGCUCCGGCGGCAACGUCAACACCUGCGCCGACCACAUGCCCGUCGAGGUCUUUUCCCUCGCCACCCAGAACUACACGGGCCGCUACGACGCGCGCGCUGCCCAAAGACUCGCCCCCGUGCCGUCCCAGGUCGUCGCCGCCGUCGGAGGCACCGCGUCCGGCGGCGCGAACCUCCGAGCCCCGAGGGCCUGGAGCGAUGUCUACCUCCAGUACAUCUUCGACCCCUCCCUCAGCCGCCCGGUGUAUACGCCCGGAUACACCCUCGUGGUCGAGCCGAGCGCCACGGCGACGGCGACGCUGGCGCCCAAAGAGGACGACGGCCCGCCCACGGGUGCCAUCGCGGGCGGCGUCGUCGGGGGCGUGCUCGGCCUGGUAGCCCUCGUCGGGCUCGGGGUCUUCUUCGUUCUGAGGCGGAACCGGAAGCAGAAGAGGAGGGAGCGCGAGGCCGCAGAGGCCGUGCAGGCCUCGCGCCAGAGCGCCUUCUCUGAGCUGCCGGGAUACACGCCGUACUCGUCGCCCGAGCCGAAGCCCGGGAUCCUGGACUCACCGACGUCGCCGGUCCAUCACGUCCACCCGGCGCACGCCUACGCCGCGGAGCUCGAGGUCCCGGGGAACGCGAGCGAGAUGCCGAGCAGCCCGCGGUACGGCGGGUCGUCGGUGGAGAUGGGUAGCGAGGUCACGCAGAGCCCGAGGGCGGGGGAUGUGAGUCCUGCAAUUGGAGACGAAGGGUAUGGGCACCACGAUGGGCGUCAGGGGGGAUUUGGGCCCGGGAGGUGA